AUGGCCUCAUGGCUUUCCUUAAGAAGCAUUCCAUGCAGCAGAUUUCAUCCAUCCCAUCCCAUCAGGUUGACUCCCCACGGUCAACAGGAGUCCUCACCCUGGGAUCACUCUGCAAUCCCCAUGGCUCCAGCUUCCAGCUUCUGUGGACACCAGUGGACUUACAACCCUGUCCGAGGGUCCUGCCUGCUCCUGCUGCUGGUCAUGUCAAAUCUGCUCUUGUGCCAAGGCCUCUUAUGCCCGUCCCUCUGUCCUGACGGGGAUGACAUCUGCCGGACCGCCCUUAUGGACCUGUUUUCCCAUGCUGCCAAGCUGACCAGUAACAUCUAUAACCACUCCGUGCAAAUGUUCAAUGAGUUUGAUUUACAGUAUGCCCAGGACAAACCAUACUAUAUCAAUGCCUCCAACGACUGCCACACCAAUUUCCUCUAUAUCCCUCAAGAGAGAGAGCACAUCCGACGCAUGAACAAUAAAGGCCUUAUUAGGUGGAUACUCAUGUUACUGUACUCCUGGCAAAAACCUCUGUAUCAGCUAGUCACGGAACUGCGGAGUGUGAAAGAAGUCUCAGUUACUACCCUAUCCAGCGCUAGAGAAAAUGUGAAAAAAGCAAAAGAACUUCAAGCACUCAUAGAGAGGCCGUUCAGCCAGGUUAUUUCUACAGUCAGGAAGAAGAUGAGGAUGGCUCGCAUUUACUGGUAUGGACGCCCCCUACUGUCGAGCAAUGAAAAUAGGCGUCAUUCUGCAUUUUAUAGGCUGUUCCACUGCAUGCGCAGAGAUGCACAUAAACUUGACACUUACACCAAGUUCCUGGCGUGCCGACUGAUCUACAGCAAGUGCUAA